UAUACAUUGUAAAAUUGGGAUUGAAUAUUUGAAUGUGAGAUGAGAUAAAAUAAAAAUAAGUAAAAGUAAAAAUAAAAUUCAACGUGUUAAGUAACGCGCCUUUUCUUCUUCAUCUGUCUGAUUUCGCGCGGUGACCGUUACACACAAGCUAGCAAGACCAGUUCUCAUUCUCUGUCUCUACGACUGUGUCUGUAACUGUAAGCAACCAAUGACACCAUGCCCACCACUCGUCGUGACGACGGCGUCGAACCAUACAACAUCAUCCCCCUCCACCACCACUCCUCCGACCACCCAUCCCUCCGUUUCCCGGAAGUCCGCGCCGCCUCCUCCGCCCUCCUCUCCGUCUCCGACCUCCGUCCUCCCCCUUCCCACCGAUGGCGCCCUUCCACCAUGGACCUCCUCGACUGGCUCUCCCUCUUCUUCGGCUUCCAAAUCGACAACGUCCGCAACCAACGCGAGCAUCUCGUCCUCCACCUCGCCAACGCCCAGAUGCGCCUCUCCCCUCCCCCCGACACUCUCGACUCCCUCGACCCCUCCGUCCUCCGCUCCUUCCGCCGCACCCUCCUCCGCAACUACACCUCCUGGUGCUCUUACCUCCAUAAGAAACCCUCCCUCCUCCUCUCCGACCGCCCCCACCCCUCCGACCUCCGCCGCGAGCUUCUCUACGUUUCCCUCUACCUCCUCAUCUGGGGCGAGGCCGCCAACCUCCGCUUCCUCCCAGAAUGUAUCUGCUACAUCUUCCACCACAUGGCCAGAGACCUCAACCGCAUUCUCCAGCAAAACGACGACUUCCUCCCGUCGUUUCACGCCGAAAAUGGCUUCCUCGAGUGCGUCGUGAAACCAAUUUACGAUCUAAUCAGAUCCGAGGCUGAGAACAGUAGCAGAAACGGAACCGCACCGCAUUCAUGGUGGCGAAACUACGAUGACCUAAACGAGUAUUUCUGGAACAGGAAGUGCUUUGAGAAGCUCAAAUGGCCUAUUCAUGUUGGGGGUAACUUCUUUCUCGGAGCAGGGAAAACUGGGUUUGUUGAGCAAAGAUCAUUCUGGAACCUGUUUCGAAGUUUCGAUAGGUUGUGGGUGAUGCUGAUUUUGUUCCUUCAAGCUGCUGUUAUUGUUGCUUGGAAGGAUAGGGCUUACCCUUGGCAUGUUUUGGAUGAUCGUGAUGUGCAGGUUCGAAUCUUGAGCAUUUUCAUCACCUGGGGUGCUCUCAGGUUUCUGCAAUCUUUGCUUGAUUUAACCAUGCAGCGCGCGUUGGUUUCGAGGCUAACGAAGCGCCUAGCGCUGAGGAUGAUGCUCAAAACCGUAGUGGCCGCUGCGUGGAUUGUGGUUUUCGCGGUGGUUUAUUGGAGGGUUUGGUCCCAGAGAAGCCAUGAUAGGAAGUGGUCUGCUGAAGCUAAUAAGCGAUUGGUGCUUUUUCUUGAGAUUGCUUUGGUUUUCAUUGCUCCGGAGCUUCUUGCUUUGGUACUUUUUGUGCUUCCUUGGGUUAGAAAUUUUAUUGAGAGGGUGGAUUGGAGGAUUUUCUCCUUCUUGACAUGGUGGUUUCAAGGUAAAGCUUAUGUGGGUCGUGGGCUGAGGGAAGGUCUUUUGGACAACAUUAAGUACACCUUGUUCUGGGUUGUGGUGUUGGCUUCAAAAUUUUCCUUCAGUUACUUUUUACAGAUUCAACCGAUGAUUGCUCCGUCAAGGGCAGUGUUGGAGCUUAAGGAUGUUGAGUAUCAAUGGCAUGAGUUUUUUAAAAAUGGUAACGCGGUUGCUGUUGGGUUAAUAUGGAUUCCUGUUGUUUUGAUUUAUUUAAUGGAUAUCCAGAUUUGGUAUGCAAUAUAUUCAUCUUUGGUUGGGGCGACUGUGGGUUUGUUUGCACAUUUGGGCGAGAUUCGAAGCAUGCAACAGUUGAACCUGAGGUUUCAGUUUUUUGCUAGUGCGGUUUUGUUUAAUUUAAUGCCAGAAGAGCAGUUUUUGCAUUCAAGAGCAUCAUUGGGUAGCAAAUUUAAGGAUGCAGUUCACAGGAUGAAGCUCAGGUAUGGGCUUGGUAAUCCCUAUAAGAAGCUUGAGUCUAGCCAGACUGAGGCGGACAAGUUCGCUUUGAUUUGGAAUGAGAUAAUUGUGUCAUUCAGGGAGGAGGAUAUCAUCUCUGAUCAAGAGGUUGAGUUGCUGGAGCUUCCUAAGAACUCUUGGAAUGUGAGGGUUAUUCGUUGGCCAUGUUUUCUUCUUUGCAAUGAGUUGCUUCUGACGCUGAGUCAGGCCAAAGAACUAGUUGAUGCUCCUGAUAAGAGGCUUUGGAGGAAGAUCUGCAAGCAUGAGUUCAGGCGAUGUGCGGUCAUCGAAGCAUAUGACUGUAUCAAACACUUGCUUCCUGAGAUCAUCAAACCUGAUAGUGAAGAACAUUCUAUUGUGAUGGCUUUGUUCCAAGAAAUUGAUCACUCACUUGAGAUUGGGAAAUUCACUAAAGUAUUCAAAACUACUGCACUUCCCCAGCUCCACAACAAGUUGAUAAAACUUGUUGAGUUAUUAAGAAAGAAAAAAGUAGAUCCUAACCAUCUGGUGAACACCCUUCAGGCCCUUUAUGAGAUAGCUAUCCGAGAUUUUUUCAAGGAGAAAAGGAAUGCUGAACAGCUAAGGGAGGAUGGUUUGGCUCCACAAAAUCCAUCUUCUUCUGAGGUUCUACUUUUCGAGAAUGCCAUUAAGUUGCCUGACACCAUUAAUGAGAACUUUUAUCGCCAGAUUCGGCGCUUGCAUACUAUUCUCACCUCCAGAGAUUCAAUGCAAAACAUCCCAGUCAAUCUAGAAGCUAGAAGGAGGAUUGCUUUUUUCAGUAACUCACUUUUUAUGAACAUGCCUCAUGCUCCCCAAGUUGAGAAAAUGAUGGCUUUUAGUGUUCUAACUCCUUACUAUAGUGAAGAAGUAGUUUACAGUAAAGAACAGCUCAGAACUGGGAAUGAAGAUGGGAUCUCAACCCUGUACUAUUUGCAGACUAUAUAUGAUGAUGAGUGGAAGAAUUUUAUGGAGAGGAUGAGGCGUGAAGGAAUGAUGAAAGACAGUGACAUAUGGACUGAUAAACUUAGAGAUUUGAGGUUCUGGGCGUCCUACAGAGGCCAGACACUUGCGCGGACCGUUAGAGGAAUGAUGUACUACUAUAAGGCCCUCAAGCUUUUGGCUUUUCUGGAUUCUGCAUCAGAGAUAGAGAUUCGAGAAGGCUCGCGUGAACUUGUUCCACUGAACCAAGAUAGUUCAGAAGGGUUCACCUCACAAAGGUCACCUUCCUCUAAUAAUUUAAGUAGAGCAAGCAGUUCAGCAAGUUUGUUAUUCAAAGGUCAUGAUGACUGUGGGACUGCUUUAAUGAAAUUCACAUAUGUGAUUGCUUGCCAGAUAUAUGGUACUCAGAAGGCAAGAAAGGACCCUCAUGCUGAUGAAAUUUUGUACCUGAUGAAAAACAAUGAAGCCCUUCGAGUUGCCUAUGUGGAUGAGGUUCCCACAGGGAGAGAUGAGGUGGAGUAUUACUCUGUUCUUGUUAAGUAUGACAAACAAUUGGAGAGGGAGGUAGAAAUUUAUCGCGUGAAGUUGCCAGGUCCCUUAAAACUAGGAGAAGGAAAGCCAGAAAAUCAAAAUCAUGCCAUCAUCUUCACUCGCGGGGAUGCAGUUCAGACUAUUGAUAUGAACCAGGACAACUACUUUGAGGAGGCACUUAAAAUGCGAAAUCUCUUAGAAGAGUACAGGCAUUACUACGGUAUUCGGAAACCUACUAUUUUGGGAGUGAGGGAACACAUUUUUACUGGUUCUGUUUCCUCUCUUGCUUGGUUCAUGUCAGCUCAGGAAACCAGUUUUGUCACAUUGGGACAGAGAGUUUUGGCAAAUCCUUUGAAAAUCCGAUUGCAUUAUGGCCAUCCUGAUGUGUUUGACAGGUUUUGGUUCAUAACUAGAGGUGGUCUUAGUAAAGCCUCUAGAGUGAUCAACAUAAGUGAGGACAUUUUUGCUGGCUUUAACUGUACUCUUCGCGGAGGUAAUGUCACACACCAUGAAUACAUUCAAGUUGGGAAAGGAAGGGAUGUUGGGUUGAAUCAAAUAUCAAUGUUUGAAGCCAAGGUUUCCAGUGGAAAUGGAGAACAAGUCCUAAGCAGAGAUGUGUAUAGAUUGGGUCAUAGGCUUGAUUUUUUCCGAAUGCUGUCAUUCUUCUACACAACAGAUGGAUUCUAUUUCAACACAAUGUUGGUCGUUCUUACAGUCUAUGCAUUUUUAUGGGGACGUUUAUUGCUUGCUCUUAGUGGUGUUGAAGCUGCUAUGGAAAGUAACAGCAAUAAUAACAAAGCACUUGGUAUCAUCUUGAAUCAGCAAUUUAUAGUCCAGCUUGGACUUUUCACUGCCCUUCCAAUGAUUGUGGAGAAUUCCCUUGAACAUGGCUUCCUUCAAGCUAUCUGGGAUUUCAUGACAAUGCAGUUCCAGCUUUCAUCAGUUUUCUACACAUUCUCUCUAGGCACAAAGAGCCAUUUCUUUGGCCGCACCAUCCUGCACGGCGGGGCAAAAUAUCGAGCCACUGGCCGUGGUUUUGUUGUGGAGCACAAGAGUUUUGCAGAAAACUAUAGACUCUAUGCACGUAGCCAUUUUGUGAAAGCAAUUGAACUGGGGCUAAUAUUGAUAAUUUAUGCACUACACAGUCCUGUAGCAACUCACACAUUUGUUUAUAUAGCCAUGACCGUCUCUAGUUGGUUCUUGGUUGCAUCAUGGAUCAUGGCACCUUUUGUGUUCAACCCUUCUGGUUUUGACUGGUUAAAAACUGUGUAUGAUUUCGAUGACUUUAUGAACUGGAUCUGGUACCGAGGAAGGGUGUUUGCAAAAGCUGAAGAAAGCUGGGAAAAGUGGUGGUACGAAGAGCAAGAUCAUCUAAAGAUAACUGGCUUUUGGGGAAAGCUUUUGGAGAUAAUUUUAGACAUUCGGUUCUUCGUCUUCCAGUAUGGAAUUGUCUAUCAGCUAGGCAUAGCUGAUGGAAGCACCAACAUUAGUGUUUACUUGCUAUCUUGGGUUUAUGUAUUUGUUGUGUUUGGGAUUUGUGUGGUAGUAGCAUAUGCCCGGAAUGAAUAUGAAGCAAAACAACAUAUCUAUUAUCGGUUGGUCCAGUCCAUUGUUGUACUUCUUGCAAUAGUUGUUAUUGUUGCUUUGCUGGAAUUCACUCAAUUCAAAUUCGGAGAUGUUUUCACUAGCUUGUUGGCAUUCAUUCCCACAGGCUGGGGCAUGAUAUUGAUUGCUCAAGUAUUUCGGCCAUAUUUGCAGCACACUAUAAUUUGGACUGGCAUUGUUUCCUUGGCUAGAAUGUAUGAUAUAUUAUUUGGAGUCAUUGUUAUGGCUCCUGUGGCACUGCUAUCAUGGUUGCCUGGGUUUCAGCCUAUGCAAACCAGAAUUCUCUUCAAUGAAGCAUUCAGUCGGGGUCUCCGGAUAUACCAGAUGGUUACGGGUACAAAAUCAAAGGCUGACUAUGAUUCAAGGUGAUUGAAGCAAUGAACACAUUGGAAUUUCCAUUAGAAGGAACAUUGAGGCAUUUAUGGCAGGCAAGUAGAAGUACAGUUGGAUGAACUUCUACAUUCUCUAAGACCUCAAAGUCAGUUAUCAAUGUGCUCUCAAUCAGCAAUUUGUUUGGCAGCUAUGUUGGCAUUUCAUCUAUACAUUGUGGAAAUUUGCUGGAUUUCAUUGGAAAAAUCCUUGGGCUUGUUACUUUGUUCAACCAAAUUGGUUCAUGAUGAAUGCUAAUUUCAAUUUUCCAAGUUUUGAUUUGCUGUUUUGUACCAUGUUCUCAUGCAAAGUAACUUGGCUCCUCCUUGAUUGGUGCAUCUCUUGGACUGAGAAAUAGUACCAUUCACGGUUACAAUUGUCACUACUAUGCUGCUUCAAUCAAUAUAUUGUGGUCCCUCAAACUCAAGGGUUUGCUUAUUUGAU